ACAUCAAUAACUGUGUGAAGUAUAUUGUUUGUUAGAACUGAAAGUAAAAGCACGUACAAAAAUAUAAAAUAUUAAUUAUGAAUUGUAUUCAGACGAUAAUUGCGAAUAUUAUAGUACUCGCUGGUUUUGCUGAACUAUACACUUGACGAACGUAUUACGUCCUAUUCUAGUAUUAAUCCCAGUCUUCUGGAAGAGCAGAGAAGGGUUUCCCUAAUCGCGGAUUUGAAUUUAUUUUGUGCAAAAUGCAGGGACUGUCAUUUUCAAGCCUGAAGAAAAAUCCAUCAUUAAUUCCCUUGUACAUAUGCUUGGGAGCAGGGGUGGCGGGGGCGAUCUUUUACACGCUUCGACUCGCUACCCGAAACCCUGAAGUUACGUGGAAUAAGAGAUCCAAUCCCGAACCUUGGAAUGAUUACUCCAACAAGCAGUACAAGUUUUACUCGCCAGUGAGGGAUUACUCGAAGAUUGAGAGCCCCGCACCGAAGUACCAGGAAUAAUAAUCUCGUGUAAAAGUUCUAGUUAAGUGAUACUGUGUAUCUUGAAUGCAGUGUGUAGAAAAUGAUCUGAUACAGUGAAUCUCGCACGUAGAGGUUCCAGUAGGUCUGAAAUCUUUACUAAGCAUGUAAAAAUAUUUAAGUUUUCUCAGUGAUGAUUUUUGAAUAUUAUGAUGACUAAUAAAUGUGUAUUACUGAGCUGACCAUUCCAAUAAGUACUCAUUCUUUUUCUUCAGGAUAUUGUAACAUGUUUCCUUUCUUUACUGUACACUUAAAAAAGAUCUCGGAAAUAGUGUAGAAGGUUGUGGACAGAAAAGUCAAUAUUAUUUAUCUCGGACAUUCUGAAUAAUAAUUAAAAAAAUCUUGCACAUUAGGUCCUUGUUCUCAUUUUCUAAUAUUGCUGUGGAUGUAUGCAUGGAAUAAUACUGUCAUUUUACCUUGAUAAAUGACUAGAAAAGCUGGUCUCAGUUCUGUGGUUUGAUGCUGUAGCAACCAUGCAGAAAUGUGUAAAAGAAUAUUUGAUUUGGAAUUCAAGGAGAUUUUCUUAAAUGUCUGAGACCAGGCAGUUGCAUAGUCCAUUUAAAUUAAAAUCUUAAUAAACUGGAAAAGAUUGUAAAUUGAGUUAUAGAAAAUAAAACCUUUUAAUUUAAAUGGAUGAAAGCAACAUUCAUUCGCACUUCAUUCAGUAGGCUGUUAAUUUGUACAGGUUGAUGUGUAUAGACAUAUUUCAUUCUCACCUUUUGCAUGCUACUAAUUGUCUGUGAGCUGCUAGGCGUUUUACAAUUUCUGGGCAAUUCUCAAUAGCAUGUAACAUAAUACUUCAUUCACUCAAGAAAUGUAAUUAUGUGCAGUGGCAUUUCAUAGCAAUUUAGGUCUUCUGCACAUAUUUUGCUUUCUUGGCAGAAAUAGUGGAAUGUUUGUUUUCGGGCACUAAGUCUCUCACUGACUUUUCAGCUAGCAUAACAAUAUUCCAGUUUUUUCCCUGCAAAACUUAGUACUGGAAUCUGUAUUGUGACUGGAAAUAAAGUAUCAGUUCAAUCA